AGAAGAAGAAGAGUCUCCACCCAUGUGUCAAUCAAAGCCCGGAACUACUUUCUGACGUAUCAGGGGGCCAAAGGUCAGAGAACAUUCGCCUGCCACAUACGCCUCUGUCGCACUUGUUUGUUUUUGUCCCAAAAAAGAAAACAUCUAUCGAAAACAGGCCGAUCUGGACGGAGACAUGGCUCGUCUGGUGGCUGUCUGCAGGGACGGGGAAGAGGAGUAUCUUUUUCUUGCACGCCAGAUUCCCUUGUACAUCGAUGACACACUCACGAUGGUGAUGGAGUUUCCUGACAGUGUUCUGGAAUUUGACAGCUAUCAGAUCAACAGUUCACAAAUGAAGCAGUUUAUUGAGCAUCACAGUUUGCUGAAGCAGCAGGACCUGAACAUGGCGCUGAUGGUGAUGUCUCGUGAGGUCAUCAGCGCUCUGGCUCAGUCGGUGCCGUGCGUGGGCUGCCGGCGCAGUGUGGAGCACCUCUUCUCUCAGCUCACGGACUCCGGGUACUUCGCGCUCGAACCGCUCACUGUGGGAUCCUCUGGAGUGCUGUCAGUCACACGGGCGUGUCUCACUGACCCCAGGCAACUCUACACACUCUUUUAUGUUCAUGGGUCAAAGUUAAACAACAUAAUUGAUUCCAUCCCGAAGAGUAAAAAGAACAAACGCUGCCAACUGCACUCUUUAGACACACACAAACCGAAGCCUUUAGGGGGCAGCUGGAUGGACGUGUGGGAGCUGAUGUCACAGGAUUGUCGUGAUGAAGUGGUUCUGAUUGACAGCUCCUCUCUGUUGGAGACUCUGGAGACGUACCUGCGCAAACACCGGUUCUGUACUGACUGUAAGAACAAGGUUCUGCGAGCGUACAAUAUCCUGGUGGGGGAUCUGGACUGCAGUAAAGAGAAAGGCUACUGUGCGUCUCUGUACGAGGGCUUGCGAUGCUGUCCACACGAGCGCCACAUCCACGUCUGCUGCGAGACCGACUUCAUCGCUCACUUACUGGGCCGAGCAGAACCAGAGUUCGCCGGGGGUUAUGAGCGUCGGGAGAGACACGCGAAGACCAUAGAUAUCGCCCAGGAGGAGGUGUUGACGUGUCUGGGGAUCCACCUGUACGAGCGGCUGCACCGGAUCUGGCAGAAGCUGCGAGCCGAGGAGCAGACGUGGCAGAUGCUCUUCUAUUUGGGCAUUGAUGCACUGCGUAAAAGCUUCGAGAUGGCGGUGGAGAGGGUUCAGGGCAUCAGCAGACUGGAGCAACUCUGUGAGGAGCUCUCAGAAGAGGAGAGAGCCAAAGAACUCAAACAGGAGAAGAAGAGGCAAAAACGCAAGAACAGACGCAAAAACAAGUGUGAACAAGAAGCGGAGGGGGAAAAAGAUAAAAGCCUUGAUGAGGGUUCGUCUGAGUCUGUGGACGGCGGCUGUAAGUCGUGUGGGAGUGGAGAGGAGUCCGGCAGCGUGGAGGUCAUCAUCACCAGCGAGAGCUCCUCCUGUACCUGUCCCGCGACCUCAAUCCUGCGCUCCCCCAAAACCCAGAAAGUAGUGUUGCCUCACAGUAACGGCAGUGACUGUGGUUACUGCUCCAGUAUGGAGGGCAGUGAGACGGGCUCUAGAGAGGGCUCAGAUGUGGCCUGCACCGAGGGCAUGUGUAACCAUGAUGAAACGGGUGAAUGCUCGUGUAGUCACCACUGCUCGGAGGAGAAGGAGGACGCUGUGGACAGUUGUGUCGAGUGCUGGGCCAUCUCUGAAGACAACACAAACGGCAAAAAUAAAAAGAAGAAAAGAAAAAACAAGGGGUCAAUUUGUGGGAGUUUACAUAUAGCGUCUGAAGCGGAGGAGAUGUGCGUCUCAGACGGCAGUAGGAGAGGAUCUGCUGCCGUUCACGAGUCUUCCUCUCCUUCACCACAUCUGUGCAGAAGCAAAGAAGAGUUGUGCUGUGAAUCCUUCGAGAGCAUCCGGCAUCAUGUUCGCAGCAGCGAGUGUCUCCACAGUCAGCCUCUCCUGCCAGACGCAUGCACAGAGGCGAACAAGAGCCUCGUGGAGCUGCUGAAUGAAUCUGAAGUGACCUCAGAUGAAGAGAACUGCCUGACACAGGACGAGAUCCAGUCGUUCGUGGAGAACAACAAGUCCUUCUACCGAACACGAGACCAGUACAGACAGCACCUUAAAGAUCGCUUCACCAAAUACUGCCGCGGAGAGUGGCUGCCCACCGCACACGCUCACUAACACACACUUAUUUUUAUAGACCGUGAAAACACUCAUGAUGAUCACUGCUGCAUUGUUGCUUUCUUCAGGCAAGAAUUUGGGAAUAUGAAAUGGGCAAAAGAAUCU